CUCUCAGCAUAACGUACUAGAGCCUGCGGGGCCGCGUUCGCUGUCGCUAAUGGCCUCCACAUCGUUGCCACCCUUGGACUUGUCACCCGAACCCGACCUGCACCCCCUCUACCCGACGCCUGCCCAGUUGGCGACGCUGCUCUCGCCGCACUCGGGUCUUUCCCCUGCGCAGAAGACGGAGCUAGCCUCGCAUUGUUUGAAUCGAGCCUGCGUCUUUGGCGACAUCACAUCAUUGACGUUCCUUCUCAAUGAUCCGCAGGCCCAGCAGUUCAUUGACCUCAAUGCCCAGGACGAGGAUGGGCUCGGGCUUGUGAGCAUAACUACCUUGGGGUUCGGGGCCGAGUCGGACCGCGAUGUCGAGAGGGAGGAAUGUGUCCGGCUUCUGGUUUCGCAGGGAGCGGACGUGAAUGCAGCAGAUAAAGCUGGAUGGACGCCUCUGCACUAUGCUGCGCUUCUGGCUCCUCCGACGCUGGUCUCUUAUCUGUCGACCCACGGAUGUUCUUUGUUUACGGAGACGCGGCGCAAGCUGACCGCCCUGGACAUCGUAACCGCGCACUCCACUAUGCCCGGACGAGAAGACGUGGCCUUGCUACUAGAGGAAGCCAUGCGCAGUGAGGGAUGGUCCGGCGGCAAGAAGGAGGAGCGACGUCGGCACGUCGAAAGACACGCUAAAAUUAAGGGCAAGAAUAGGAGCGUGCGCGACAAUGUUGCGCGGAUUCUGCAAAUCAAGCCGAGAUGGUGGGGAGACGAUAACGUGCUCAGUGAAACGGAGGACGACGGCGAAGACGAGGACAUGGAAGAUGCCUUGUUUACACCACCUCUGGACUUCACCACUAUGCUCGUAUUCUCACCGUCCUCGUUGCCCUAUAUUUUCCAGUCGCUGAUCGGAAACUUCCCUAUCGCGUUGGGCAACUCGGAGCCUGCCAAUGUGCUGUAUUUACUGGCUCGGUUUGCCUGCUUAACCUGCGAUCACACAUGGCUCGAAGACCUGAUCAUCGGUGCCACCGACAGUAUCGAAGAGACCGUUUUCAACCAAGCAGACGACAUAACGUGCCUAGUAUUUUGGCUGUACAACACGACAGUGUGGCUCCAUCUCAUGCGGUGUGACCAGUCGAUCAGCGAGGCUUGUGAUAUGCUUGGUUCCUUCGAUAUCAUUGAGGAGCUGAUUAACUCUGUGUUCGUUUUCAUCAUCCGCUUUGCUGAAAGAAAGAUCGACGAGCAUCUCGACUCUGCGCUGUUAGACUAUGCCCAUCCGGCGUCCGACCUCGAGUCGAUUCAAUUCGAAUCUGAAUGGUCCUUCUUAAGGUCCCUGGCUGGGAAAAGAAAGACGGCACAACCUGGUGGCUCCUCUUCUGUACCGGCCACGAUACGCAAUGGCAGUGCACAGCCGUCUCCAGAUCUCACGCGACCUCCUUCUCCGCCAGCUGUGGGGUCUCCCCAGCAACGGACAUUUUCUUCCUUCACUCAGUCAUUCGCUCGUAAUCGCGGUCCUACUACGCCUUUACAAGCUUUGUUCCAGGAGACUUCUGCAACACCAUCGCCUGCGGACGUUACAUCUUUCCUGACAGCCUUGCAUACCUUACUGACGCUAUCCGGAGUAAACCCUGCUCUCAUAACACAACUGUGGUCACAGAUAAUGUACUGGACAGCAUGCGAAAUGUUUAAUCGGAUACUAACACGGAAGAAGUACCUUUGCCGAUCACGCGCCACUCAGAUCGAAGCCAACUUGAAGCAGUUGAAACAAUGGGCGAAUCAAAUGGGACUUCCCCGCGGGGUGCUCUCACACUUCGGUCCGGUCUGGGAUCUCCUCAGCUGGCUGCAGUGUCUCUCCUCUGUCACCGAGUUUUCAGACUUGAUUGCUACGAUCCAGCAACUGAAGGACCUGAACCCGCUUCAGAUGCGCAGGGCAGUGAAGGACUAUAAGUAUGAGGUUAACGAAAGCCGAAUGACCGAAGAAUGUAGCCAGUACCUUGCGCAACUACAGAAAGAUUGGGAAAGACAUCGAGUUAAACUCGGCGUGGAAGCAAUGAGGAAGGAGAUCGAUGAUCGAGAUCGAGACUACGACGAGAGCGGCUCGUCGAAUUUCAACGACGGUACAGCGUCGUUAGACGACAGUUCGCAAUCUGUCUCGACAGUGUCAUCGUCUCAACUCUACUUCGCUCAAAGGAACAUAGACAUGCUCUUCGACAAUUCACAAGAUCUCGAGGCGUGGGAGCCCGCGAAACCUCCUCAGGUGCUCGGAGAAUUGCUGGAUUCACGAUACAUGCUGCCUUUGGUCUUCCCAUCAGAUCCACGCAUGCUCGCGGCUGUACCAGCAAAGGGCCACGUUGAGGAAGAGGAGCCCAAAGAUCGGCUUAGUCUUUCAGCUGAUGACGGAAGGUCGAGUCCAGCCAGCUCAAAGAGUGCGCGACCUAGGCACUGGCGUUUACGAACCCGGAAAGUACGACAGAUCGGCAUAGAGACAUUACGAUGGGUCGACGGUGUCCGGUCAGCUGCACGAUGGACAAGGCCGGUGCUGCCUCCAGAGGGGGAUGAUGAUCCGAGGGCUCAGACGUAUUCCGACGACAGCUCUGAUGUCAGCGUCGACGGUGACGACGAAGAACUCACUAUGUCCCAUAUUCCCCGGUUUACGAGGAAACCAUCGAAUCGUGGAAAAGGUAGAGGAAGCGUUGGAGGAGCGACCACGCCGCUGGACGCGGAUUGAACGUGUGUGUAAUGCUUCGAUUGGAUAGUAUCUAAAGGACCACUGGAUUUCGAGUCUUGUAUAUUUGCAUGCGCAUCAUACUGCCCUCAUUCAUCUUGCAUAGCCCAUAACUUUCCCCCAUGUUCCCAAUAGAUAUGUAUACCCCAAUACAAAUGCGAGGUACAAGGAUAAGCCAGCACGUAGUGGGAUUAUGUACAAAGAUAUCAGGCGAGCCGGUAAUCGAAAGGCAAGAAUCUCCAUGCAGACAAGGGGAUCUCGCUACCCUAACCCUGUAGGCGCCAGAUCCAGAUGUGGCCAUCGGUCCCUACAGCUGUGAUAAGUCUUCCCGCUUGAGAGACUUCGCAGGCCUCGAUGUUCACAGAGUCUGAGUCGGUCCUAUCCACAGGUGCUACGAGUUCCCAACAACCCGGACUAAGGUCGUGCAGGCCCGGCUUGAGGUCGCCCCCGUUGUCCAAUGUGAUGCUGCUGGAAGACCUGAAGCGCGCUGCUAUCUCGCUUUUGAAGGGAAACUGCGGAGGAGGACACGGCUCGAGAUGACAAACGUUCAAUACCUUAAGUUUGUUCCGUUGCGGGACAAUGACUAUGGGAUCAUGACACGGUGACUGAUAGACAUGCAGAUGCCUUGUUAUCGUCGGAAGCUUGAGGACGGAUAUAACCUUGAAGGAUGCACUCUCCUGAUAAUCGGAAGCGCAUCCUCUUUUAAUCCUUUGCGACGCGGAAGACUCGUAACCUGGUGGAAAGAAUCUGUCGACGCCGAGCCAUCGCCAGAUAGCCAGGGUACCCUCGGCUUCGUACACUUCACUGUUCCUGUCGUCCGGGUCGGUGCGAAGAAGAGCGGGGGCACUGUGAGUGAGUAACACAUCUUGGCUUAAC